AUGUUCGGGAUCCAGGAGAGCAUCCAGAGAAGCGGCAGCGGUCUGAAGGAAGAGCCGCUGGGAGGCAUGAACGUCCGGAGCUGGAUGCAGGGAGGCGGCGUGCUGGACGCCAACACGGCCGCUCAAAGUGGAGUGGGUCUGGCCCGGGCUCACUUUGAGAAGCAGCCGCCCUCCAACCUGCGGAAGUCCAACUUCUUCCACUUCGUCCUGGCUCUGUACGACCGACAGGGCCAGCCGGUGGAGAUCGAGAGGACCAACUUCGUAGACUUCAUCGAGAAAGAGAAGGAGUCGAGCGGGGAGAAGACCAAUAACGGGAUUCAUUACCGACUUCAGCUUCUCUACAGUAACGGCAUCAGAACAGAGCAGGACUUCUACGUCCGACUUAUAGACUCCAUGACUAAACAGCCGAUUGUUUAUGAAGGCCAAGACAAGAACCCGGAGAUGUGCAGAGUGCUGCUGACACAUGAGAUCAUGUGCAGUCGGUGCUGUGACAAGAAGAGCUGCGGAAAUCGUAAUGAGACGCCCUCAGACCCUGUUAUCAUCGACAGAUUUUUCCUUAAAUUUUUCCUCAAGUGCAACCAGAACUGUUUAAAGAACGCUGGGAACCCAAGAGACAUGAGAAGGUUCCAGGUGGUUGUGUCAACUACGGUGAGCGUGGAGGGACAUGUCCUGGCAGUUUCUGACAAUAUGUUUGUCCACAACAACUCAAAACACGGUCGGCGGGCCCGCAGACUCGACCCCGUGGAGGGAACCCCAUCUUACCUAGAACACGGAGCAGCUCCCUGCAUUAAGGCCAUCAGUCCCAGCGAGGGGUGGACUACAGGGGGCGCUACAGUCAUCAUUAUAGGAGACAACUUCUUUGACGGCCUCCAAGUUAUCUUUGGUACCAUGCUGGUUUGGAGUGAGCUGAUUACGCCACAUGCCAUUCGGGUGCAGACACCUCCCAGACACAUCCCUGGGGUCGUAGAGGUCACUCUAUCUUACAAGUCCAAACAGUUCUGCAAAGGCACACCAGGAAGGUUCAUAUACACCGCACUGAAUGAACCAACCAUUGACUAUGGUUUUCAGAGACUUCAGAAGGUUAUCCCUCGGCACCCUGGGGACCCUGAAAGGCUUCCAAAGGAGGUUAUUCUGAAAAGAGCAGCGGAUCUGGUGGAAGCCCUCUACGGUUUGCCUCAUAACAACCAGGAGAUCAUCCUGAAACGAGCAGCAGACAUCGCAGAAGCUCUCUACAGCGUUCCACGAACACACACCCAGCUCUCCGGCUCGACGCACACAGGCAUGAUGGGAGUGAACUCCUUCACUGGACAGCUGUCCGUCAACGUCUCAGAACCGUCACAAGCCAAUCAGGGGUUUGUGCGCAGCAGCAGUAGCGUGUCGCCUCAUGGUUAUGUGCCCAGCUCUACACCUCAGCAGACCAGCUACACCUCAGUCAGCAGCACCAUGAACGGCUACGCUAACAACGGUGGCAUGACCAACCUCGGAGGCUCGCCCACUUUCCUCAACGGCUCCGCCGCCAACUCGCCUUAUGCUAUCGUUCCAUCCAGUCCCACUAUGGCCUCAUCCACAUCUCUUCCCUCCAACUGUUCUUCUUCUUCUGGGGUUUUUUCCUUCUCCCCGGCCAACAUGGUGUCAGCGGCCGUUAAACAGAAGUCCGCCUUUGCACCUGUGGUGAGGCCAUCGUCCUCUCCUCCACCUUCCUGCACUAGUGCCAAUGGCAACGGACUUCAAGAUCAAACAUUUGUGGACUCUAGCAAGUACUCAUCAGCCGGCUCUCUACAAGGCCUGGCCUUCACCUGAACAAUCCCAGGAAUGAUCGUCCCACCCAUGUAAAGGCGUGAGCGCGUGACUCUGUGUGUGUGUGUUUGUUGGUAUAAGAUGAGUCAAGCACACUCUCGCUGAUCCCGCUGGAGGAUUUGCUCCGAGACGGACUCCGGUUGGGGAUGGAAGUGUCCAUCCAGAUCUGAAGGAACAAAACCAACUCAGGCCCUUUCUAACACAAAAAUACAAGGAAAAAAGCAAAACUGUUUGUAGAAAUCUUUGUACAAUGUAAUGCUUUUAUAGGAGAACUGCCACAUCCAAGAUUAUGACUCUCCAUGGUCACAAAAAAUGUAUUUUGGACAGAAUCCACUUCCUCUCUUCAGAGAUUGAUUUUCUUUUUCUUUUUUGUGCUACAUGUGUUGACCUUCUUUUCAAUGUAACCUACAGGAGCGAUUUUCUAUUUAUGGAGUUUUGUCUUCAAUGAAGGAGUAUAAUGUGAAGAGGACCUGAUGGUGAUGAGGAUGCUUUCAUACAGGCCUGAUGCAGCCAACACAGACAAGCCAAACCUUCACAGACAUACCUUCUCUUCUGUUUUUUGCCAAAACUACCCAUUCAUCACUCUCCCCACUAUAUUGUUUUAGUUGAAGGACUAUGAUUGUUCUGCUGAUGUAUAAGCCAUUCAGAAAAAUUCAAACGUUUACUUUUAGCUUUUGUCUCAUGCAUCUUCUCUGUGGUUCUCAUGUGAUACAUUUUCUUAAAAAAAAAGGUUAAGGAGAAAAGACUU